GUUGUGUCACCCACUGAAAUGAACAGUGCCCCUUUGGAAGGUCCCUGGUCUUUGUUAGUUUCAAGGAAAACAAGCUAUACAAUUGCUACUAAGGAAGAUGGUCUUUUUCAGACACAGCCUAAUCUCUGACUGGUCCAUGGUUUUCAACUGAAAUUGAUGAAGGGAACUGAAUUUUCUUUGAUAUCUACCAUUAAGGUGACUGAGCUAGGAUGGAUUACACCCUGGAGCCAAAUGUGUCCAUAACCACAGAAGACUAUUAUCCAGAUGAGCUAGCUAGUCCCUGCCACACUGCAUUCACCCAGAAGUUCAGCUCUCUGCUUCUUGCGUUGCUCUAUUGCCUCCUCUUUGUCUUCGGCCUGCUGGGGAACAUCCUGGUCAUUCUGGUGCUGGUAGCCUGUAAGAAACUGAGAAGCAUGACUGACAUGUACCUGCUGAACUUGGCCAUCUCUGACCUGCUCUUCGUGUUCUCCUUCCCCUUCCUGACACACUACACUCUGGACCAGUGGGUCUUUGGGAACACCAUGUGUAAGAUCAUCUCGGGAGUCUAUUACAUCGGUUUCUUCAGCAGCAUCUUUUUCAUCACCAUCAUGAGCAUGGAUCGGUACCUGGCCAUCGUCCACGCGGUCUACGCCUUGAAGGUGAGGACAACCAGGAAGGGCAUGGCCGUCAGCCUCCUGGUGUGGCUGGUGGCUGUUUUAGUCUCUUCCCCUGUGCUGGUGUUUUAUCAGGUAUCUUCAGAGGAGGGGACCCUCAAGUGCUACUCCUUCUAUGGAGAGAGAGCUAGUGAGUGGAAAGUCAUCACCUACUUUGAAAUCAAUAUUCUAGGACUUGUCAUUCCACUCACCAUCCUUGUUUUCUGUUACACCAACAUCCUGAGGCACCUGAAGGGCUGUCAGAACCACCACAAGAUCAAGGCCAUCAGGCUGGUGCUCAUUGUGGUAGUAGCAUUUUUCCUUUUCUGGGUUCCCUUUAACUUGAUGCUCUUCCUGAAUUCCCUACACAACCUGCACAUCCUGGAUGGGUGUGAUCUGAGUCAGAAACUCAGCCAGGCCACCCAGAUAACCGAGGUCAUCUCCUUCACCCACUGUUGUGUCAACCCUAUAAUUUAUGCUUUUGUGGGGGAAAAGUUCAAGAAGCACCUCUCUGAAAUCUUUAGGAAAUACAAGAGUUAUUUCUGGGUAUGCAAAGAAAGCUAUUUCUCCCAAGAACACAUGGACAGAUUAUCCGUACAUCAACCCCACUCACGUUCCUCCACCACAGACUAUAUUUUGUGAAGCAGAAUGGUCCUGAAAACCCAGCAGAAAGUAUUUGUGUGGGAUUCAGAGACUGGAGAAGGAAGCAAGGGAGAAGAUGCUUUGUUUACAGAUAUUUGCAAUUUUCAAGUCUCUUCUAAUAUGGAUUAAAUACUAUCUUCCUUCCAUCCUUCACUUCACAUGAGGCCAUUUGCAAUUUUUGGCUAUAUUCCCUGACUGAUGCUUUCUUUGGAGGUAGAAGAAUUAGCCCAAACUAAAUGCUGACUGCAUAAACCAGAGUGUACCAAAAGUGUGUAUAAGGAUCCUUAAGUUGGGGAUGGUCAGGCUCUGACCAUUGACUUUAAUUUCAUCUGACCAGCAUUGCAAAUAUCAAGAGGUAUAUAUAAGGUAAACACAUUAGAAUGGUGUUCAGAUGAAGCUGCGUUCUAAGCUUGGUUCUGCUGCUAACCAAGUGUGAGACUGUGAAUAAAUCAGUUCACUUCUUUGUGAACAAUAGCUUCCUCCACCUCCCUGUUUUUAUACAAGUUGCAUUCCUAGUCUGGAUUGCACCUCCCGCUUUACUCUCCCUCAUGGAAUAAUCCCCAACUUCCUUCCAAGACACUUUCUUCAUAUGGCUUUUGCUGAUCCACUUUGCCCCCUCCCCACCAAGGUGUUAAUAUUCAGUCUUGUUCUUGAAACAACUUUGUAUUUACUCAUACGUGUAAAUGUUGAAGCCACUUGGACAAUGUACACUUCCUGUGGGGGGUAGAGGAUGGUUUCCUUUGUGUUUAUAACCCCAGAUACAGCUCCCUGCACUUUCUCUUGCAAAAGCAGAGGCACUUUAACAAAAAGUAUUGAAUAAAACUGAAUUGAUUGGAGAAUAUGGGUUUUUUCAGAACUACCCGUCAUUAUAACAUAAAAAACAAGUUUAUUCUGAAUCUUUCAGAGGACUUUGAAGGAAACCCAUCCCUGUACAAUCAGAGGGGAAGACAUUCAAAGCCCAACUCUGAGUCCUGAAAAUUAUGAAAAUCCUGGAGACUACCAUGUCUCAGAACUGAUCUAGUUCAGGGUGGAGUUCUCCCAAACUGAAGAACAAAGAGAAGCUAGCAAUGACUGAAGGACAGGACAGAAGGAAACCCCUGCAGGGAUUUUAUUUUGUGAAUUUUGAGAACAAAGUCUAAGCAGGGCAGGCUGGACCCAGUGGGCAGGCCUCCAUUCUACGGAACAAAGAACCAUGAUGGAGUUGGAUGAAAAGGCUUGAUGGUUCAAAGAAUGGCUACUUCUUGGAGAUCAACUCAAGGACAUUGAAGAUUUAAUUUCCUCCUUGAUGGGCAUCUAAAUGUUUUUCUGUCUAUAUGUAGUUUUUAUUUGUUGAUGUUUUUGUUUAAAAAAAUAUCCUCUGAUGAAAACUUCUUUGUGAUAUAUGUCUGUAUAUGAAUUUGUGUAGGUAGGAGGGUGAUGGAGAAUGCCUGUGACUACUGAAAACAUUCUAAAUAUAAUCAAAACAAAGAACUGGGUUUGGAAUAGCUAGGGUUUUCUGAGUUCAGAGCUAGCAUUUAUCUAGUUUGUAGACUCUGAGGCUGUAUUUGUGAGAAAAGUUGAUAAACCAUAAUGCUUCUAAACAAUUGAUGUUUAUUGAUUAUUGAUCAUAUUUAUCUACAAUAGUAGAAAGAAAUGAUUCAUGUGGAAUAGGACCAAUUCACCCAUAGGAUAAAACAAGUUAUAAGCAAGGUUAGGUAUGGUUUGGAAUAUAAGAUGCACCUAGAGAAAACACUCCAGACUCCUAAAUAAUGGGAGAAGAAAGAGGUGUGUUCUGGAAGAGACCAUUUCCCUUCUUUCCCCUUG